GAUCAGUCGCAGUAAGAUAUCCCAGCUCACGAACACUCCCAAAAAAAAAAAAAAAAAAAAAGAGGAUCGAUCACCAUCUAAAGUCUAAAAGAUUAAUCGGGUCGAAACAGUUGCGGUUUCUAUAAUGGCCUCUCCAGGUGCCGGCAUCGCCCACACGGGUUCGAAAUACAGAGACCCACCGCGGAACAGUGAUGUCCAGGUUGCCAUCUUCUGUGCCCUUGCAGUAGAAGCCGAUGCCAUUGUUGCUCUGUUAGACCACUGCUGGGACGUAAACGAUUACCGGAUCACCGAAGAUCCGAUGUCCUAUACCAUAGGCCUCAUGGGCGAGCGCCUUGUCGUGGUUGUGCACAUACCGGGCCCAGGAAAAAUCGAGGCGGCAAGUGCAGCAACACACUGCCGAAGAAGCUUCCCGAGUAUAGUGCUGGCCAUAGUAUCUGGGGUGUGCGGCGGUGUCCCCUGUGCGGCAGGUAGAGAAAUCAUCCUCGGCGACGUUCUUAUAAGUGAAAAAGUUGUACAGCACGAUUUUGGAUCGCGGACCUCCAAGAACUUUAUGCGGAAGGAAUCCCUUGGAAGAGUUGAUACAGCCACCGGUAGUCUACUAGCCAAGCUAAAAACCCAACGCGCUGGGGAAGGAUUUCGACGCAAGGUGGAUGCAAUUAUACGCAAAAAAAGUCUGGCAAUCCCGUACCCCGGUGUUCAGCAUGACGUGUUGUUCGAAGCAUCCUACGAACAUGGUGAUAACAAAAACUUGACAUGCAAUGAACGCGGAUGCAAUGGGCCUCUGGUGCGACGAAAGCGCCUGCAGCAUGGUAGCGUUGAGUUCCUGAUACACAUAGGCACAAUCGCUUCAGGUGACACGGUGCUAAGGUCUGGCAAACAUCGAGAUGAUAUGGCUGAGAAGGAUGGCAUAAUAGGGUUCGAGAUGGAAGGCGCAGGAAUAUGGUCCGAAUUCCGGAGUAUAGUAAUAAUCAAGGGCGUUUCCGAUUACGCUGAUAGCCACAAGACAAAGACGUGGCAGCAGUACGCGGCUUCUAGAUCGGCAGCGGCUACGAAAGCGUUCCUGCACUCUUACCCGAACCCCACAGCCUCUUUGGAGCCACGACUGCCCCUCAUGCCGAGUGCUGUGUCUACGCCACAGCCUGUCUCGCAACACAACUCUGGUUCCGCAAGUAAAGAUUCCAAGAAAACUUGCACUAGAAGUUGCAACAACACCUGGUGCGGGCAAUAUACUCGAGCUGGACGAAAGAAUAAUUAUUGCAUUCGGUGCGGGUAUUACGGGCAUGAACUUUUUAGUUGCCGUGUCCCUCAGUUUAAAGUCAAAGAAGAGCAGAAAAGGAGACAUCGCGACGGUGACUGUUAUCGCUGUGGAUUGGGGGGCCAUUGGGUAGAUAAAUGUCCGUACGAUGACUAGUACAGGCUACAAAUGCAUCGCAUGUCCGGAAGACGCAUAUGUUAUAUUCCAAUUUUUCUAGGCGGUGGGAUUUCAGUGGCUCCCGAGGGUAUGCUGGGCAGGCGAUGGGACGCCGCUAUAGUUGGGUAUAAAUCAAUGUAUACAUAGGGUAGCGAUUCUUUACAAGUUACACACUCC